AUGACUUUAUUUGAUGAAGCAAGAAAGAAGGCUGAAGCAGCAGAGAAGAAAAGGGUUGCUGAGAAAGAAAGAAUAAAGAAGCUGAAAAAACGCAGGAGAUACCAAGGACAGAGGCGAGAAAUUUGGAUAGCUCCUGAUGGCAGCAGCCAUGAAAACCAAAUUGAAGAUUCUUAUGAGGAGGAUCUGUCUAAGUUGCCACUUGACAAAUUAAAUCGAAGAUUUGUGCUGAGUUUCCUGAAUGUACAUGGCAAACUUUUUACUAAGAUUGGAAUGGAGACAUUUCUUGAAAUGUGUUCUCAGAUGUUGCAAGAGUUCCAGACCUUACUGCAGCAAGCUCACCCUACUAUCACUUGUAUGCGCAUACUGCAAUUAAUGGCCAUCAAUAUGUUCAUGAUUGGAAACACAGCCUUAAAAGAAUCAUGUGAAGAGGGUAAUGGCCGGUCCUUGCUGCAAGAACAUGCAGUUCAGCUUGGAUUGGAUAUGUUUGCUAUCUUGGUUGAGAGAUGUGCAGAAUUGUUACACAAUCAUCUGAAAUACAACAACUCACCCCAGGAACUUCUCAGCUACACUCUAAGUCAUUAUAUGCCUGCAGUUAAGGUCUGGGCUGAUUGGAUGAUUUGUCACCCCCAGCUUUGGAUGCAACCUCCUAAUCUUAAUGAUCCAGAUCUCGGCCCUAACACUGAUGUGUGGGAAUCACUAGCCAAAUUGUGCAAUGUUCUCAUUCAAGUGGAUAUAUCCCAUGACAUAGCCCGUGAUUGUUUACGCAUUCAAACCCUACAAAUGUUUGGAGAUUACUUGUGUGGAAUUGAACCACCGAUGUUGUCAUUCAAUGUGGAGACCAAACAGUAUUAUUCUGUGGCACCAAGUCAAAAAUGUAAUGAAAUUGAAGCUGAAAUUAACACACUGGAUGAUGUCACAUCAGAGGAAGAGAUUAUUGAAACAGAAGAAGAUGAUGAAUUGGUUGGAGGGGAAGAAGAUAAUCUGAAGAUGUUGAGGGCCAAAAAAGAAGAACUAAAGAAAAAAGUAGAAGCAAAAACAUUACACCAACAGAACAUUCAAAUGUUGAGGGCCAAGAGGGAACAACUGCAGAAGGAAGUAGAACAGCAGACCAACCGUAGGCAGAAUAUCCAAGCCAUCUUACAAGAACAUCGGACUUGUUCUGUAGAAGUGGAAAUCCGACCAAUGUACCUCUUACCAGACACAAACUGCUUUAUUGACCACUUGUCUGGAAUCCAGAAGCUUGUCUUCACUACAAAAUACACUAUAUCUGUCCCUUUGAUUGUGAUAAAUGAGUUGGAUGGUCUGGCACGUGGUAACUUGGAAGGUCAUUAUGAUUCUGUUGAACACAGUGAUAUGGUCAAGGAGAAUGCUAAGCAGGCUAUGGCUUUCCUUGAAGAACAAUUUGACCAAAAGAACCCUCGAUUACGUGCCCAGACCACAAAAGGUAAUAUGCUGGACACUAUUGUCUACAGAAGUGAGACUACAGAUACAAAGGGCAAUAAUGAUGAUCUUAUUUUGGCCUGUUGUUUGCACUACUGUAAAGAUCACGUGCCAAAGGUCAAAGAUGGCCCUAUCCGUCUGGAGCGGGAUGUCGUACUUCUCACUGAUGACCGUAACCUCCGCCUUAAAGCACAUACCUACAAUGUUCCUGUUAAAGAUGUACCUAGUUUCCUCAAGUGGUGCAAAGUGACAUGA